AUGACAUUACGUGGUCACAAAGUCAAGGAAAGACCAUCUGUUCCUCAGUGCGAUUAUGAGAUGGAGAGGGUGAAGAGAAUGACGACGGUUGAAAAAGCGAAUCUGGUCGGUGAAUUUUUUUGUUGGUUUGAGCGAGUGCCACCCGUACGAGUUUCAUCUAACAAAGUGGUUGCCACAAAUGGCGUUGAACCCCGGGUGCAGGUUAAAGAGACCAACACGCUUAUGACGACCAUUCGGGGGUUGUUAGCGUUUUGGACUUAUGUGGGAGUCAUUGAGCCAAGCAGUGACCGAUCGCCAACCGAAGAAUCAAGAUCUAUUUGGAGGGUUGUCAGAAGCGUUGUAAAGGUGACGGAAAAAAUGAAAGGCGGUCGUUUGGAUAUAUCGAAAAGCUCACUCAGUUUUUCGGACACGAUUCGACUAAUGAAAAAAUCAGACGGCGUCUCUUCAAUGUUCGGCUUACAAUCUUGGAUUCUAGCGUUACUUUUAGGCGGACUCGGAGUUCGAAUUGGAUCAGUACGAAACUCAUUCCCUCCAGUUUCCGACGCCAAAUCCACUGAGAAAUCGCCACAUCCAAGCAGUAGCCGUUCAAGUUUCGAUGGUUUUGACGAAAGUGAAGUUGAAGAUAAAGCUGACGAUGAUAAUGAUGACGACGAUGUCCUUUUCGCUUUGACGAUGAACGGAACAGAAGUAUUUUCUCCAAAAUCGAUUGGCUGCGAGUAUCCCCUGGUAUCUUCGGAUAAUGGUGAAGACUGGAGCCUGAACGUGGCAGUGGUUCUUGCCAUGCUAUCGUGCUUAGUUGGCACGACACGCGCAGAACAAUAUUUUUGCGACUACGGUGAACUGGCCGAAUCUGGGGAAGAAAUCGAGCUGACAGUGCGAAAGAGCGAAUUGAAUGAUACACCUCUGUUCCGAGAAUCCAACAAAUAUCACAACUUGCUACCUGGUCAAAUGCGUAAUGUUCAUAAUGCUCUCUCUUUGGUGGCAAAAUCACUCAAAAUUCCACCGGCUCUGUUCUCGUCUCGAAGUUACAGAAGUGGAUAUGCGAGAGAUGUCAUCCAAGGCAUUGUGACACGAGGAGACCCACAGAGAGAUAUUCCAUUGCAAGCAUUACGAUCAAACUUGCUCAGUGGAACUCAGUGGAAAUCCGCUCAAGUGGACAGAUACUUGAGAUUGGCAGAGUGCCAUUUAUGGCGAAUGGCUUCAACCAAGAGCGAUUUCGAAGAAGUGAAUCCAACCAAUGUCAAUAUCUACAUUCGUUCGAAGUCCUCGAAACCGGACGAAUCCUUGGCUCGUUUGUCUUCGAUGGAUCCCGCCGAAAUCAUAACGUUAUGUGAUGAGAUCAAUAUCGAUAACUGGCGUAAAUGUGCUCCGGUCCCUCUGACACACCAAGAAAGACGUGAAUUUCUACAAAAGAAUACCAUGGUUGAUGUGUUUUCAACUUUUCAAUCGUUGAAGAUGGUGAUAGAUCAAAACAUGAGACCAUUCUGUGGAUAUGGAGUUUCUUCACCCUACGCUUGCCCAGUUGUGAACUGUGGAAAGAGCGGUGCGCUACAUUCACUGGCGAGCACACACGAACAUUGGAAAUUGUGGCACGAAGAGUCGAAAAAGAACCUGACCUACAUGUGUAUAAAUGUUCUAACACAGGACCGUCGAACCGGCCAUUCUAUCUGCUUUAUUAUGGCAAUUGACGGAAUGGAAUUUCAAGUCUCUUUCUUCCAUUCUCAGCGCGAAGUUGACUUCCGUUGUCUUGCGAAAAUAGGACAACUUCUGAAGCUUUUAGAUGAGGAAUGUUCUGGUUUCACUUUAACAGAAAUAGGUUUAUACGUAGAGAAACUCCCGGAUGAUAUCGAAGAGUGGUCUCAGAUUCAACAGCCAAUCAAAUGUCGUCUGUCUCACAGCUCGAAAUAUGCUUUUGUCAGAGAAGGAGGAGCAGUCUAUACAACAAGUGAAUAUGAACGCUGCAAGCAGAUGAGAGUUAAGCCACCAUUCCAUACGGAAUAUGUCGUUGUUACCGCAGCUCUCGUCGUUUGCUACCAAACAAAAAACUCCAGAUUUUUGACAUAUAUUUUCGAUACUAUGAAUCAAACAGUUGUGAAAUUUGAAAGUGCGAAGUAUACAAAAAACGUUGGCAUUAAGGAUUCGUUUGAUUUGAACAGAGAAAGCAGUGACGUCACGGGAGAGUGUAGCAAAGAAAAAGUGACACUGAUUGAAGCUCCAAGUCAGGACGAUAGUUUUGACACUUUCAAUAAUCAUUCAUCGCAUCCGAAGAGUACAGAGAAUUUAGACAAACAGAGCGAUGACAGCUUCGAUGAGUGGUGUGCAGCUACUUCUAUUCAAGUUGCAAAUCGAGACGUUUGUCAUACGUUCCAAUCAGAACCCAACUCUGGAAACAUGCCGAAUCUGGAAAUACCGCAGGCUUCGGAUGAAAGUGAUGAUAGUUUCGAACAAUUUUGUCUUAGGCACUGA